AUGGCGUGCGCGGGGCUGCUCACUGUGUGCCUGAUCCGGCAGCCCACGCCCCAGCCCCCACUGUCCCCCACGCCAGCCACUGGUUCCGCCGGACACGCGCUCUUCCAGGAUGUUUUCCGCAGAGCAGACAAGAAUGAUGAUGGUAAGCUCUCUUUUGAGGAAUUCCAGAAUUACUUUGCCGAUGGGGUUCUCAGCCCUGGGGAACUGCGGGAACUGUUCAGCGGCAUUGAUGGGCAUUCCACCGACAAUUUGGAAACGGAGAAACUGUGUGACUACUUCUCAGAACACCUGGGUGUCUACCGACCUGUGCUGGCUGCACUGGAGUCCCUGAACCGUGCAGUGCUCACUGCCAUGGACACCACCAAGCUGGAGUAUGAGCAGGCCUCCAAGGUGGACCAGUUUGUGACACGCUUCCUACUGCGGGAGACGGUGAGCCAGCUACAAGCCCUGCAGAGCUCGCUGGAGGGGGCGUCAGAUACCCUGGAGGCUCAGGCGCAGGCCCAGACCCGAGGGCCAUGGUCAGAUGAAGAGAGCGUGGAGGUGCAGAACAGGCCCCAUGGCAGCCGGCGGGCAGGGCGCAGGGCCUUGUGGAGCGUCAGUCGGUCACCCACCUGGUCUCCUGGCUUCUCUGACACAGGGCGGACUCCAGAGGCUGAGAUGCAGUGGCGGCUCCAGGUCAGCCGUCUCCAGGAGCUCAUCGACCAGCUUGAGUGCAAGGCCCCCCGGCUGGAACCCCUACAUGAAGAGGAGCCUACCCAGGGUCCCGACUCGCACAUCCUCGUGGCCCAGAGGCAGGUACAGGUGGCGGAAGAAGCCCUGCAGGACUUCCACCGUGCCCUAAGCUGCUACGUGGACUUCACGGGCGCCCAGAGCCAUUGCCUGCAUGUAUCUGCCCAGAAGAUGCUAGAAAAUGCCUCCUUUACCCUUUACGAGUUCUGGCAGGAUGAGGCUUCCUGGAGAAGGCACCAGCAGUCCACCUGCAGUAAGGCCUUCCAGCGCAUCCUCAUUGACCACCUGCGGGCUCCGGACACCCUCACCACAGUGUUCUUCCCAGCCUCCUGGUGGAUUAUGAAUAAUAACUGAGCCCGACCUGCAUUAGUCAAGGACCCUGGGGCCGUGCCUGCCUCCUCCUGGAGCUUCUGGACUGGUCAAUUCAGCACCAAGACCAAGGAUGCUGCUGCUCCUAGACCUGGAGCCUGGCUCUCAGAGGUCUCCCAGAACCAGCCGGUGGAGAGUCUCAGCCCAGGGGUCAGGGGCUGGGCUGCUUGCUUUCUGUUUCUUUAUCAGUGUAUUUUAUUGUUUGUAGCUUUGGUCUCUGAGGCACUCUGGCCUCUGCCUGGCUCUGGAGGCCUGGAUUCUGGUCCUCUCUGCCUCUGCCUUGCUGUAUGACCAAGGCAGAUCCCCUCCUUCUCUGGGUGGGCCUUGGGCUGUCUGGCUGCCUAGUGGGUUCCCUACUUUCUUCCUGCUGUCUUGAGGCCAAGUUCUGCUCUUCCUCAACCAGCAGUAGAACCAGGGCUGAUGCUCAGGGACCCCCCCAACCCUACCCCAAACCUCAACUCCUGAGGCUGGGCUGGAUCUCUCUGCAGUGUGGGGUAAGGACCUGGAUUCCCCCAUAACCCUCCAGCACCCUCCAUUGCACCACAGACAUCUGGAAAAUCCUGGGUUGGUUUGCAUGUCAUUUGCAUAUCAUUUGCAUGUUCAUGCCCACCCAUACUCAGGACACUGUGGGAAGCCCCAGGGUGACCUUGCCAAGUAGCAAAAGUUUGGGUCUAGAAUCACCUGCUGUCCUCAGAUACUUCUGAACCCCAGCCCACAACCCCAGCAGAGAGAGAAUAA